UUGCUGUGCUACAACUAGACUAGCGUCCGUCUAGUUCCAUUACGUGCAUUCCGCCAUCCCAUGAGCAUCACGACGGUAUUCCGAAUCAGUUCGACUCUAUAUAAAUUCGCAACUUGCUAUUGAAACUGGCCAUUCACAAACUUGUACAAGCUAUCUAUUCCCACUCCUUCAUCCCCAAGCAUGGCCCCAACUCUUUCCUCGACUCCCAUCUCCAUUGUCCCCUCAGCAUCCGAGAUCAAGAAUGGCGCACUCGGCCAACGCAAUCUCGAAAUCGCAAUUCGGGCUCUUGCACGUGACGGUCUUGUCGUCUUGGAGGAUAUAGUCAACCAUGCCGUCUUGGACCGCUUGAAUGAGAAAAUGGUCCAAGAUGCAUAUGAGCUGCAGGCGCGGAAGGAUAGUCCCUUUAAUUACAACAAGGGCAAUAUCCAGCAGGACCCGCCCAUGACGGAAGGGUGGUUCAGCAACGAAAUAUACAUCAAUCCAAUUGUCACCCAGGUGACAUCAACCAAACUCGGACCCAGACCUUCUCUGCGAUUCAUGUCCGGCAAUACAGCCCUGCCCCCUACCGAAACAUCCCCACCCGCGUCCCAGCCGACUCACAAUGACGCGGAUUUCGACCACCCUUCUAUCCCAUUUGCUCUUGUCAUCAAUGUUCCCUUAGUCACCAUGACUCCUGAGAAUGGUUCUACUGAAGUUUGGCUCGGUACGCACAAUGAUACCACCAUUGCCGAUCAAGAAGGCGAACACGGUGACCGCGCUAGCGGAAGAAUCAAGAAACAUCUGCUUGACGCUCGUAGGGAGGUUAGGCCACCCUCGCAACCAAUCGUCAAGAAAGGAAGCAUCAUCAUACGUGACUUGAGACUCUGGCACGGAGGAAAGCCCAAUCUUACUACCGAUCCCAGAGUAAUGCUCGCUAUGAUACAUUUCGCGCCAUGGUACCGCAACACCAUGCAAGUCGAGUUUGCCGAAGAGCUUACCGAACGACUCUUGCCUGAGAAGACAGGUCUGGAUAUCGCUGCGCAAUACAUUCCCAGCGAGCAGCUGCUCAAGAAUUACUUGAACAGAUCGUACGGAAAUGUAUAUGAUUUUGACCAAUCCGAUAAGGUUGAAGGAAUCUUUUAGGCUAAAGCAUAUAACAACCAGUUCCGAUUCGAGGAUUUCGCAGCGUGAUUUUCAAGGUCAGCACAGGACAUGCAACAUGCCGAUUUCAUCUCUUGAUAAAAAAAGACCUUCAGUCCCGUUUCAAAUACAUCAUAUUUUCAGACUGCA